UAACUUUGAAUUGUAUUGAAUAGUCACUGAAAGCCGAGUCCAGGCCUUUGAUGACUAGAAUCCGAAUUAACCGCAGGAGAAGCCGUUCCGCUGCCGAUAUGCCGGACGACGACCACAGCGCAGAAAAUUCAUCCAAUUUCCCGGCCAAACGCAAAAUGGAUAUCCAGACACUUAAGGACUUCCAGAUCAAGAAGCCAUUGCCUAAUAACAGCGAUAGACCGAAAGCCCGUCCCUUAGCCGCGAGACUUAACGACUCGAGCUCUCCGUCGCGAAUACCGGCCUUUAGAGAACCGGCAGCUAAACGUUCCCCACUUGCCACUGACUCUAUACGACUAGUAAAGGCCCGUAUGCUGCCGUCCCCACCGGCGGCUACUGUUCACUCAGUGGUGUCCCCCAAUUCGGCAAAAAAUGCAAGGGUACUGGCGCCCAUUAAUGAAAGCACUGCCACUCCCAAUCGACAGCCACUCAGAGUUGCCAUCAAAACCCCAAAUCUUAACAAAACGCCAAACAAUUCAGUGGAGAAGUCCGAGAAGAAGUCGCUGAUUAAGCGUCUGUUGGCGUCGGCGACGCCUACCAAACGGACGGCCCCUCGCGUGCUGAGGCAGUCCGUCGACGAUCGCAACAUUACUCGCACGCCAUUCACUGAUCCGCAGACUUUGAUUGAGGUGUUAAUGGAAAUCCUGGCCAAACGUCGGGUCCAGUGCACCAAAAAGGCUAAUUUUAUGAUGAAGUGCGUGCUGUCGUCGAUGAAUAUCAUUGUGUUGGCGUUCACUCUCGAGGUCUGUCUGUAUGAAGACAAGUGUGUGAUUAUAAGGAAGCGAUUGAAGGGUGACUCUUGGGAUUACAUGAAGAUAUGCGAAGAUUUAAAAGACCUCCAAAACGUGACUGUCUGUGAAAAUUCCGUCUGAAAUUGCUUUCC